GAAACCAGACCCAAGUGCUACCCCAGUGCCACCACUUUGUGUCUGAACCAGCAGGAUCUGUGGCCUCAGAGGAGAGCACCCCAUACUGCUCAGGUGAGGGUCCCACGGGACAGAAGACCCUUCUCAUUCCCCAGGUCACCGCCCCAUUGUCCCAUUUCUCUCUCCUCAGACAGCAGACAGAUCCGCCUGGUGGACGGGGGCGGUCUCUGCGCCGGGAGAGUGGAGAUCCUUGACCAGGGCUCCUGGGGCACCAUCUGUGAUGAUGGCUGGGACCUGGAUGAUGCCCGCGUGGUGUGCAGGCAGCUGGGCUGUGGAGAAGCCCUUAAUGCCACGAGGUCUGCUCACUUUGGGGCAGGAUCAGGGCCCAUCUGGCUGGACGACAUGAACUGUGCUGGAAAUGAGUCCCAGGUGUGGAUGUGCCCUUCCCGGGGCUGGGGGCAGCACGACUGCAGACACAAGGAGGACGCGGGGGUCAUCUGCUCAGGUCAGCACUCCACACUGUCCACAGGCUGGGGGAGGGGUGGGACCCUGGAGGACGGGGAUCUGAGCCCUGAGAGAUAG